UGAGUUGUCCAGGUGGAACGACCGACCGGAUCCUCGGUGGAUGUAUCUCCGGCGGAGAGGAACAGCGAUGUCCGGCGGGAGGUGAAGCACAGCCGGCGAGUGUCCUGUCGCGUGGAAGCGGAGACGAAGCAGCUCGUCAGCAGAGUACUGCAGGAUUCCUGUCACUGGUUGAUGGAUUAAACUCAGGAGGAACCAGAGGAUCCCGGAGCAAAGGCAGGAGUUAACACCCAGCAUUGUAGGCAGGACAGGCAGCAGUACGUCCAGAUAAGCCAGUCUGUCAGGUGAAGCAAAGGUCGGUAUCCGUCCACGAGCGUUAGCCCUGAUAGCUCAUCAGAAUUAAAAGUAUGAAUAAAACUCACACUCGCAUCAAUUGCAUAGUCCGUAGGACAAUAAAAUAUCAUUAAAGCGUUAAAAAAACACUAAAAGCGUCCCCCCCGCGAGCAGCGGCAGCCAGACGUGCCAGCGUUCACUCCCGGAAGUUGAGAUUCAAGGUUUAUCACAUCUGAUUUUCAACCAAGCUUCAGACCUUUAUAUUCUUUAGUUUAUGUGGCAAUGUAAAGACUGUGGUGCUGAAGUGUCUAGACGCUCAGAACUUCUUAAACAUUACAGAGAAAGACAUAGUCAUUUUGGGCAUGGCCAUCAUAUUAAAUGUAUACAUCCAGAUUGUCCAUGCAUCUUUAAGACUUGGAAUUCACUUUUGAGACACCUGUCAAGGAGUCAUAGCAAUGCCUUAAAGCACUCUGACAAAUUUACAUUUUCCUGCCAACUGUGUGGCUUUAGUGAACUUGGAACUGAGUGUGAUUAUUCUGUACAUGUAAACCAUCAUCUAAAAAACAAUGAGACAGUCAAUUGUAUGUUUAAAGGCUGUGAAUACAAAACCAACGUAUAUAGUACAUUCAAGUCUCACAAAAGUCAGAAGCACCGCUUGCAUUCAUUCGUAGAUUUUAAGGAUGGUGUAGUCCAUGGACUUUCUGUGACUGAAACUGCAGAGCCUGGUGGUUCAGACAAUGAGGAAUGCUGUGACAACAGCCAGUCUGAUGUUGAUUUGAAUACAACAAAGGAUCAAAUAGAUAUAAUUGAACAAAAACUUGCAGCAUUAUUAUUAAAACUAGAAAAUAUUUUUCAUGUGCCAAGUGCUGCAAUUGAUGAAUUGCUGGAAGAACUUCAGUACUUGUUGAGCACAGCAUCUCUGUGUAGUACAACAGAUGUGAUACAAGACACGCUCAGUAGUUACAGCCUGCAAGUUGAUCAAACUUUCAUUAAAGAACUUGCAUCCACUCUCUGUGUAUCUAAUCCCAUAUGCAAGUCAAUUGGUAAAGGUUGUCCCUUGGCAACAUCGUUUAAGCGCAAAAAUACUACAGACAAUUUCAAAGUUGUAGAGCCCAUAGAAUAUAUAUUGGAUGAAAAAGGCAAAAGAACACUGCAAUAUGUUCCAGUAUUAAAAGUUCUGCACCAGCUUUUCGCAGACUGUCACAUUCUUAAUAAAGUAUUAGACAGUAGUCUCACAUCAGAGGAAAAAGGAACAGAAGUGAUAUACAGGUCUUACCAAGAUGGUAUGUUCUUUAAAGAAAACAGCUUUUUAUCUGGAGGCCAAUUGAGAGUGUUACUUAAUUUGUAACACGUUAUUUUGAGAUUUGUGAUCCGCUCGGCACAUCUUGCAAAAAACAUAAAAUCUGUGCUGUUUAUUGGACUCUCAGCAAUUUACCGCCUGGUUCCCAUUCCUCAUUGUCUUCCAUUCAUUUGGCUUUACUGUGCAGGUCUGAAGACGUCAGGAGUUACGGUUAUGAAAAGGUCCUAGAGCCCUUGUUGAGGGAUCUUGUAACUUUAGAAAGUCAUGGUAUUUUUAUUGCACAGCUUGCCGAUCUUGUUAAGGGCACAAUACAGUGUGUUAUAGCAGAUAACUUGGGAGCGAAUGGAAUUGCUGGAUUGACAGAGAAUUUUGUAGGUGAAUACAUUUGCCGUUUUUGUUUGGCCCAGAAGUCUGAAAUUCAGCAGAAAGAAGUGAGUUCAGAUGCGUUUACUCUCAGAAGCAAAGAGACACAUGAAACACGUUAGUUCAGCACAGGGCAAUGUGAAACCAUGUUAUGGUGUUAAAAGGCCGUGUGUUCUCUCUGCACAUCUUUCUUAUUUCAACGUUUGCACUGGCUACCCCCCAGAUGUUGCACAUGACAUCUUUGAAGGCAUAGUACCAGUUGAGUUGGCACAUUGUCUGAAUCAUUUAAUGUCCAAAAAAUAUUUCACACUGGACAGUCUCAAUGAGUCCAUUUUGAAAUUUCCUUACAAAUGGACAGACAAGAGUAAUCGUCCACAUUCUAUUCCAAAGGCCUUCAUGCAGAACAAAACUAUUGGAGGGAACGCUCACGAAAAUUGGAGUCUCUUGCGUUUUCUCCCAUUUUUGGUUGGACAGUUAGUGCCCUCAAAUGAGCCAGCCUGGCAGGUCAUUUUGGACCUGAGAGAUAUUGUGGAUUUAGUUGUUGCACCAGUACAUACUGCGCAAUCACUUGCUUUCCUUGAGGAAAGAAUCUGUGAUCACAGAUGCAGGCUACAAGAGGUGUUUCCAGGUAUAAAACUUUUACCAAAACAUCAUUUCGUCGAACAUUAUCCACAGAUGAUUCGAUUUUUUGGUCCGCUCGUUUGUCUGUGGACAAUGAGAUUUGAAGGCAAAGCAUAGUUUUUUUUAAACAGUUCGUUCGUCACACACGCUGCUUCAAAAACAUACUCUUAUCCCUGACGGUGAAACAUCAGUUCAUGAUGGCAUAUUACUUGGAGUCAAACACAACCAAAAAAUGCAGCUUGACUGUCUCAGCUGUCUCAACUGUCUCUGUUGACAUUUUGCAUUAGGAUGUACAGAAAGUUUUGAAACUAAAAUACCCUGAUAUUGCACACAUUCAGCUCACUAAGACUGCAUCUGUCAAUGGAGUGGCAUACAGAGAGGGCAUGGUUGUUGUUUGUGGCUCUACUGGUGGCUUGCCAGACUUUGCAGAAGUUAUCCAGAUGGUUGUUUUGGAGGGAAACUUGAGUUUCAUUGUCAAAGAGUUUGGUGCUUGGUAUAUGGAGCAUUUUAGGGCAUUUGAGUUGUGUCCAACUUCUCAAGUCUCCCUCAUUCAACUUGGUGCCCUUGUGGACCAGUACCCCUUGGCAGAUUACAGGAUUGGAGGCCGCCGAAUGGUGACACUUAAAAGAUUCAUACAUAUACAAGAUUGAAGAAUGGCAGAGCCCAUGAAGCCGAGAGUCAUCGUAGAAGAGGAUGACUACAGAAGACUUGAUCUCCACUCAGGAAAGUCAAAGACUUUAAUGGACUUGCACAAAACAAUUUGUGAUGCAUUUGGAAUUGAAAGAGACUUUCGGAUUCAAUUCAUGGAUCCUGACUUCAAUAAUGAGUUCAUGAACAUUACAUCAGUGCAAGACAUUCAAGACAGAGGAACAAUUAAGCUUGUGUACAUGCAAAAUUGUUUGGAUAUGAAUCCCAUUUCAAGGCCGAACUCUCCAAGCACUGCUGGAUCAUCUGCAAGCCCAUCAAGCAUUCACACACCUCAGAGUGUGUCCUCAUUGUCUUCAUCUGACUCCGACACCACCAUCAUUCUUUCCCAUUCAGACAGUGAGCUGAGAACGUGUGCAUGGCCCCGUGACUUCACCAUUCCUCACUUCCCAUACGAUGUGGAGGUUCAGCUUCAGCGGGAAAAUGAGAUAUUCAGAGAAACUGGCACAAGUCUGAAGAUUCCACCAGGGCUGAAGCCCGACAUCCUAGACAAACUGGCUGAAGAAAUUUUCCAGUAUACAGCAUAUCUACAAAAUCACCAGAUAGAUGUAGCAGGGGCACUCACCCAAAAAUUUCCCUGUUUGCGAGAUCUGUCUGCCACUGGAUACUACAGCUGGAUGAUUAGCCUGAAAUACAAAAUGGCUAAUUACCGGACAAAGAUGCGGGACAUUGGAUGUCCUGAAAUGACUGUUAAUGCAUUGAAAAAUAAAUCAAGAGAUGAAUGCUUCCAUUCAGCCAAAAAUGUAAAGAAAGCUAAAAAGGCAGAGGUCAACUAUUGUCCUUCACACCCCACUGGCGAAACAGAUGACAGUCUGGAAAACUUGCGAGUUGAACUUUUGACUGAUGUCAAAGGGCAUCAGAUGUAA